AUGGGCCGGAGGAAGAUCGAGAUCAGGGCGAUAAAGGAUGAUCGCAAUCGAUCUGUAACAUUUCUGAAGCGCAAAGGCGGCCUCUUCAAGAAGGCGCACGAGUUGUCGGUACUAUGCUCGGUCGACGUCGCAGUCAUCAUCUUUGGUCAUAACAAGAAAUUAUACGAGUUCUCGUCUGGAGACAUUCACGAGACCUUGCGGCGCUACAGCUAUUAUGGCCAACCGCACGAGCACAAAGGACCCGCCGACUUCAAGGGCAAAGGCGGCGGCAGUGACGACGAGGACGACGACGAAGAUGACGGACAGCAGAUCAAGGAAGAUUCAUUACCUCCUCAGCAGCAUCCAGGCAUGAUGCCGCCACAUAUGCAACACCACAAUUCGUUUCAGCACAUACGGCCUCCGCAUCAGGCCUCAGCUUCCCCACCGAUGCAGAAUGGCAUGUUCCCGAGGCACAGCACGCCUCAACCGCCCCAGAUAGAUUCGCGCCCAGGCUCCAGAAAUACUAUCCGGAGGACGUCGUCGAAUCUCGUCCCAAUGCAACAUCCUCAUCCAACGCCGCCACCACCGCAGAAUGGCUUCGCGUACAUGCCUAAUCCUCCAAUAUACCAGCCGCAGCAAAAUAUGCCGACGACACAACCACAAUUUCAGCAGUUCCCUCCGCAACAUCAGCAACCUCAACAGUAUCUCCAUCCACAGCAAGGUCAUCCGCCACCACGACCGGCAUCCGCGCCCCGUCACGAUAGUCUGGGACCACCUCAGCAUAUGCAACAGCGACAAUCUCCUCAACCAGAAUUCAAACAACCUCAAAACACUCCGCCACAGAUCAAACAUCUCUCCUCAAAGUCCCGCUCCAUAUUCACGCCCAUCGACGAGGGCGGUUCCGUGCUGGCUCAACACUUCUUUGGCGGCGGCGCACCUGAUCCGCCCAGGCAAUCAACUAUGAAACGCUCCGUGUCGCCGCAACCACCUCCGCGCUCGACCACAACUCAACCACAGAUGAUGACCACAUCCGCAUUCCAUCAACAACCACAACCGCCUCCCAGGCCUCAAUCAACAUCAAAUGCGCCCGAAUUUCCGCCACCAACACGAUCGAACACCUCCGGCUCGCGCUCGGGCGCCCCGCGACCGAAGCUGAACCUCACAAUCCCCUCCGAGGCGUCCGACAACGAAGACGAAGCGACCGGAGCCCCUAAUCAGCCUCGUCCUGCUGUUGCACCUCGAUCCGCAAACCCUGCCGCAGGCGGUUCGAAUUCCACCAGCAACAGUUCCGGCCGCGGCAUCGUACACUUACCUCCGCCCUCACCCUCAGCUAGCGCCGUUCUGUCAGCUGGAGCGGUCGGGCCCGGAAACCCAUUUGCACGCCCACAUCCUCCAGCACCGACGAGCCAAAACAAAGACGCAUACGACUCGAACGCCACCAAAAACGGCGGCAAUGGCGGCCCAGUUAGCAAAGGAAGCGGCGACAGCAACAGCAGAUUAGGUCUUGGAGAGAUCGAGACGCCUAUCUCGCACUGCCGUCGAGAUACAUGA